CAGCACGUCUCGAGUUCCGACUGAUCACGAUGACGUAAUGUUUACUAGAAUUUCCGUUUAUUGUUAGCAGUCAUGAGUGGCAAUCGAGUGUGAAAGAAAACACAGUUUGAAUAUAUAGUGGUGUUACGAGCGUCGUAGAGAAAACGCCAGAUGUAUCUGAAACCCCAUGUGUGCGGUAGUGUUUGCUGCGAAGGUUGGUUGUUAGAAACGUCCACAGGACUUUGCACAAUUCCCGUGUGUUAUUUCCAGUGUCUAAACGGUGGAAGAUGUGUGGGACCAAAUCAGUGUUACUGUCUUACUGGGUACUAUGGUUAUGCUUGCCAGUUGCUACUAGCAACGCAACAACCGGCGAUAAUAACAACAGAACCUUUACUGGCACGACAUCAUUUGCGAGGACCCUGUUUUCGCGUAGUAACGAACAACGAGUGUAAAGCCCCACUCAGUAACAUGCUCACGCUUCACGACGAUUGCUGUACGACGGUUGGCAAAGCUUGGGGUGACCCGUGCUAUAUAUGUCCGCAACAGAUAGACAGAGAAAAAGACUGCCCCACUGGGUUCAAAAAGCAUUUUAACACCGAAGAAUGUAUGGACGUUAAUGAAUGUGAAGCAUUGGACGGGAUAUGUGGCAAUGGCGCAUGUAAAAACUCAUACGGUAGCUAUCAGUGUGUGUGUCAUCCGGGAUAUUCAUUAGAUUCGUCUUCUACUCUGUGUGUUGCCUCAGUCUCCGCACAGUGUUACAGAAAGCAGUUACGUGGCAUGUGCUCGGACCCAGUGCCGAUUGCCAUGACGAAGAUGCAGUGUUGUUGCAGCAUUGGUCGAGGUUGGGGGUCUCAGUGUGAAUCUUGCCCUCGUAAGAAAACAGAUGAAUUCCGUGGUCUCUGCCCCUAUGGCGAAGGGUAUCAAAUAACGCCUGGAUUGGAAGGCCAGAAGAAAGAAAUAAACGAAUGUAACAGUAUCCCCGGUCUAUGUAGAAAUGGCAGAUGUGUCAACACAUUGGGCAGUUUUCGAUGCCUGUGUGACGACGGAUACAAACAAAAUCGUCAAGGAAACCGGUGUGUAGAUAAAGACGAGUGUUCGGAAGAUAUGUCCCUGUGUUUCAAUGGUAUGUGUACAAACACCAAGGGAAGUUAUAAAUGCACGUGUCCCGAAGGAUUUCAGCUCGCGGACGAUGGCACCGACUGCAUGGACAUAGACGAAUGCAGUGGCGGUUAUGUGUGUAAUGGCAGGAAAUGUCUUAAUACCAUUGGUAGUUAUCACUGUAUGGAAGUCCACUGUGGGGAUGGUUACGAGCUCACUACAUCCGGGAAUAGUUGUCAAGAUAUCGACGAAUGCGAAGACGAUUCUGUUUGUGAUAACGGUGAAUGUUUCAACAGUGAUGGAGGUUACAACUGUCUCUGUUACCAAGGAUAUAUGCCCGCCUCGGAUGGGAGAAAAUGCUUAGAUAUCGACGAAUGUGAGAUAGAUGACUCGGUAUGUGGUGAAGCCGAGUGUGUUAACGAUGAUGGUACAUUUCACUGCGAGUGUCUGGGAUAUGGAAUGGAAUACCAUCAGAGUACAAAGUCGUGUAAAGAUGAAAGUAAAAAAGAUUGUUACAAUAACUUAAACUCGCUCCGUUUUUGCGAAAAUCUGAUAGGACUUAACAUGACGAAAGAAGAAUGUUGCUGCUCGCUUGGGGAAGGCUGGGGAGAUAACUGUAACCUUUGGCCUUGUCCAUAUUUUGGUACAAGUGCAUUCAAUAAAAUGUGUCCCGGUGGUAAAGGAAAACUAAUGUUAGGAUCGGAAGCUGAAGGACAUCGCUUAGACGAUAUUGAUGAGUGUGAUCUAUUUCACAAUCUGUGUCCCAAUGGGGACUGCGUUAAUACGGUCAAUGGUUAUGAAUGUACUUGCCCUCCAGGGUAUCGACUUAACCUAAGAACGCAGCAAUGUGUUGAUAAGAAUGAAUGCUUUGAAUUAGGCAUAUGCCCGAAUGGUAAAUGUGUGAAUACCGAAGGCUCAUAUCACUGUGAAUGCAAUCCGCCAUUAACCGUUGAUGGCACUGGCACGAGAUGCAUAGUUGCCAUGGCUGCGGUAGACACGGUGGAUACAAAUGCAACUGACGUAUGCUGGACUGAACUUAGCAAUGAAGUUGUAUGUAAUUCAGCAAUGGACGGUCCGGAAUCGACGUACACCGAUUGUUGCUGCACAGCCGGCGUGGGAUGGGGAUUUGAAUGUCGACGUUGUCCGACUCCUAAUUCUAUGGAAUAUAACGAGCUGUGUUCUGAAUACAAGUCCAGAAGUGGUUUACGUGCUCGUCCUUCCCAGAUUAGAACACCAGUUGCUGCUGCAAGAUCCGAUGGUCAGGAAGAACUGGAACUCGAUUGUGGGUUUCUAGAUGGAUGUGUUAAUGGUCGAUGCGUUCGUGUCCAUGGAGGUUACGCCUGUGACUGUUAUAGAGGAUUCAAAUUGGAUAGAACCGGAACCACGUGUCGGGAUAUCAACGAAUGCAGGUUACUCGGUAACACGCUCUGUUGGCAAUCCAACUGCGUCAACACGCCUGGGUCAUUUAAGUGCACCUGCUACCCGGGAUACGUGGAAAUUACGCGUAAUUUCUGCGUCAAACGUAGACAUCCCUGAUUAACACGGCGUUCUUGCAUAUCCAGAAUGUAUACGCAUUGAAAUGAAAGGCACCUACAUUUGGACCUGUCUAUGUUGACUUGACGACUAAAUGCUUGGCGGACCUUUGUCAACGUCACAUAACACAAUUCUGUAAGCUCCUAUACCAUGUAUAUUUCAACGUGACAGUGUUAUUGAGAGAGACUUUUGUAUCUUUUGAGUUGAAUCAUUUGAAAGUAUUUUUCGUAUAUGUUUGUCUUAGUGUUUUCAUUCCCUAAAAUAAAUUGGUACCAUUGUUUCACUUGCCUGUAUAA